UCUUCACCCAACGGCUGCAGAAAAUGACCAAGUCUCAGGGCCUGGUUUCAUUCAAGGACGUGGCGGUGAAUUUCACCCAGGAGGAGUGGCAGUGUCUGGACCUUCCCCAGAGGGAUCUAUACAAGGAUGUGAUGCUGGAGAACUAUAUCAACCUCAUCUCAGUGGGCUAUCUAACCACUAAGCCAUCUGUGAUCUACAAGUUGGAGCAAGGUGAAGAACCAUGGAUGGUAGAGAGAGAAAUCCGAAACUGGAGCUAUGCAGAAGAAAUCUGGCAACUGGAUGACCACAUGGAACAAUGCCAGGAGAACCAAGAAACACUUCUGAAGCAUGCUGCAUUCAUUGACCAGGAAACUGGGACUGGUGAGAAGGGUAACAAGUAUAAUGCACUUGGAAAUGUAUUUCAUCUGAAUGCAGACUUCAUUUCUUCAAAACAGAGACUCCAAAAAUAUGACCCCUAUGGUAGGGGUUUGAAUUAUUUUGGCUUAUUUAGUGGUAAUAGAAGAUACUCAAGAAAGAUUGAAUGUAGUGAAUGUGGGAAAGCUUUCUUCCAGAAGUCAGACCUCAUUGUACACAAGAGAACUCAUACAGGAGAAAAGCCCUUUGUAUGUACGGAGUGUGGGAAAGCCUUCAGCAAGAAAUCCAAUCUUGUUAUACAUCUGAGGAUCCAUACUCAAGAGAAACCUUAUGAUUGUACUGAGUGUAGAAAAGCUUUCGCCCAUAAGUCACACCUCAUCGAACAUCAGAGAAUUCACACUGGGGAGAAACCCUAUGAAUGUGAUGAGUGUGGGAAAGCGUUUUUCCAAAAAUCACACCUCAAUAUUCAUCAGAGAACUCAUACUGGAGAGAAACCCUAUGGGUGUGAUGAAUGUGGGAGAGCCUUCAGCAUGAAGUCACACCUCUUUGUGCAUCAGAGAAUACACACAGGAGAGAAACCUUAUGUAUGCACCAGGUGUGAGAGAGCUUUCAGUGAGGUGUCCUGCCUUAUGAGACAUCAGAAAAUCCAUACUGGGGAGAAACCUUAUGAAUGUAAUGAGUGUAAGAAAGCCUUUUCUGAGAAGUCUGACCUCCUUAUACAUCACAGAACUCACACAGGAGAAAAGCCCUAUGAAUGCAACCAGUGUGGAAAAGCCUUCAGACAUAGCUCAGCCCUCUGUCGACAUAAAAGGACUCAUAAAGAAAAAAUUCCUUGAAAGAAAAACUAAUCUGGGAAUAUCUUCAACUAAAAGCUUGAGUAGAAAUCAAUCUUGGGG